CACACCUUCUCUUCAAUCUCUUCAUCUUUCUUAUUUUUAAAUUUCAAAAUUCAAACUCCCCCCUCCCAAAUUUCAACAUGAAUCCUUCCGGCUCCGGCUUCUUUCCCGACGAUCUCCCGCCCGUUGACGCCGCGAUGUGGUAUUACCAAGAGUUGGGCGAUCGACUGCCGAUGUACGACACGCAACAGUCGGGGUACGUCGACCGAGAUUCGGUUCCGGAGACUCAACCGGAACCGUCCGGAUCGAAAAAAAGUACACGCCGGAGAAGCCACAAAGCCAAAAGCACGUUGACCGAGGCGGCACGGUCAAUCCAAAAGUGGACGCCGGAGGAGGAGUGCAUAUUGGCGUCGGCUUGGGUUGACGUCUCCGAGCAUCCUAUCAUUGACGACGGGAACCAAGGCAAGGUGCCCAUCGAUCUUUGGAGGAUUUUGAGUCGUUCCCCGAAGUGGCAACAACUCAACAAUCCCGACGGCGGAUCGUUCCGGAAAAGAUCCACCGUCGACGCCGAGGUUGAGGUCGACGAGACUAUCGGUUCUAGCGAUCAAAUCCCUCCCUUCAACGUUGCGGAUUCCGAUGACGAGGACCUCAUUCCACGGCCGAUCGGAAGAAAGAAGGCAAAAUCCAUUGCCUCGGGUUCGGGAGGGUCCGCCUCUGUUUCCGCUUCUCCCCGCGACGAAAUCGGCCGGGCAAUGAUUGAACAACUUCGGGCGUUCAAUCUCCAAGAACAAGAGAGGUUGAAGCUAAAGGAGCAGGAGGCUGAGAUGAAAGUCAUGCAAACCGACCCCGGGACGUUGUCGGAGUUUGGACGAAUGAUCUAUGAGCAAAGAAUGAGAGAGAUCAAGGAGAAAUAUAAUUUACCUUAGUUUUUUUUAUUAAUGUAUCGUUUUUUAAAUUAUUGACGCUUUUUUUAUUUAAUGAAUGUAUUUUUUUUAAUAUUCGUGUUUCAAUUUAAUUAAAUAAUAAAUUAAUUACAUUUUAUUAAUUUAAUUUUAGAAGAUGUAUAUUUAAAAAUGUAAAAAAUGAAAGUUUGAAGCCCAG